AUGAACAUGGAACGAAUUGAGUUCAUCCACUGCCCGGGCCACGAUAAUUUUGUACCAAAGUUGGUCGGUCGCCACAAAAUGCACAUGUGCCGUGAUUGGGACGCAAUUAAGAGUGUCAUUAACAAGGUCAGAUCUGAGAACAUUCCUGCGGACAAGUACGGCAAGCGUGUCCCCCAAACGUGA